AAUCUUGUCGGGCUCUUUAGUGACGUGUUGUUUUUAAAAAAGCUGGGUUGGUUAACAGAUUGGUUAUUUGGGAGAAGAGUAGAUAGAUCUGACUAGAAUCUUCGAUUCAUUGUCGUAUUUCAUCUGUGAAGCGGACAAACCAAAGAAUCCGCCGGAACUGGAGAUAUGGGCGGUUCCAGAGAGUUCCGAGCUGAUAAAUCUUCAAACCAGUUCCACUCUAUCGUCGCCAUGGCUAUCUGGCUUGGCGCCAUUCACCUCAACGUCGCUCUUGUUCUCUUUUCUCUCAUUUUCCUCCCUGCUUCUCUGUCUCUCCUGGUCUUGGGCUUGCUCUCUGUGUUUAUCUUCAUACCAAUCGAUCACCGUGGCAAAUACGGACGUCAGCUCGCUAGGUACAUAUGCAAGCACGCGUGUAAUUAUUUCCCCGUCUCUCUGUACGUUGAGGAUUACGAAGCUUUUCAGCCUAAUCGUGCCUAUGUCUUUGGUUAUGAACCACAUUCGGUGUUGCCGAUUGGAGUUGUUGCCCUUUGUGAUCUCUCAGGGUUUAUGCCUCUUACUAAGAUCAAAGUUCUUGCUAGUUCUGCUAUCUUCUACACUCCCUUUCUAAGGCACAUAUGGACAUGGUUAGGGCUCACCCCUGCUUCUAGAAAGAAUUUCACUUCCCUUUUGGAUUCUGGCUAUAGUUGUGUUCUUGUACCUGGUGGUGUGCAGGAGACUUUUCAUAUGCAACAUGAUGUUGAGAACAUCUUCCUUUCAUCGAGAAAAGGAUUUGUGCGCAUAGCCAUGGAACAGGGGACACCUCUGGUUCCAGUUUUCUGCUUUGGUCAGUCACACGUGUACAAAUGGUGGAAGCCUGAUUGGGAUCUCUAUCUUAAAUUAUCUAGAGCAAUCAGGUUUACUCCGAUUUGCUUUGGGGGAGUUUUUGGAUCCCCAUUACCAUAUCGACAGCCUAUGCACGUGAUAGUUGGUAAACCGAUAGAAGUUACAAAAACUCUACAUCCGACAAAUGAAGAGAUUGCUAAGUUUCAUGGCCAGUAUGUGGAAGCGCUUAGGGGUCUGUUUGAGAGGCACAAGGCCCGAGUAGGCUAUCCUGAUCUUCAAUUGAACAUUCUUUGAACAAAAUCUCCAAUGAAAAUUACUACUUGUGUAUUAAUAAGUACCUUGGAGCUGGAUUUGGAUUAAAAUAUACACAUGAUCACAUGUAUGUCUUUUAACAUAGACUGUUGUAGUAAUGGAAUACGUUUCUUGCUA